AUGGCUCGCGAUAACAGCGACGACGAUGGCUCCGACUCUGAUGACCAUGGGUUCGUGAAGGUCGAUCGCUGGAAAUCCCCAACCGAGCCGGAGAUGGCGACGUUUACACCGACGCUGGCACCCAGCACAGCACCCACCCUGACCGUGUCGAAGGAUACGGGGCUGAUGUCCAAGGUGCGCAACACGCUGAAAACAGCGCUUGCUGCACCCGAAUCCACCCCCAGGGCCACAAAGCCGGCCCGGCAUAGACCACGCCAAGGCACAGUUCUCAAGGAGGACGCGGGAAGCAGUAGCAGCGACUGCGACUCGUCUGGGUCGGACUCUGAGCUCGAGGAAGUGAUAGACGAGACAGAGCUGGAGCUCAUCGAGGCCAUGGAGGAUGCGCAGAUUUCGGAGGCAGCGAAGCAGCAAGAGCAGCGCAGGCUUGUGUCAUCCCCGGGGCUCCGUCCGCAUGGGACACCCGGCAAGGCCCCGUGGGUUGGGCUGGGCGACAGCGGCCUGAGCCCCAAGGGCGGCGAUUACAACGAGACGCUGAAGCAGCGGUUUACAAGCAAGACUGUUUCUGGGUUAAGCACCUUGCGGCCAGCGGACGAACCAGUGGCAGCGUCGCCUCUGGGCAGGACCAGCCAAUCGCCAGCGCCUGGAGGCACCACAGUCUGUCCAGCAGAGCCUGCGAUUCGCUCACCAGCACCCACAAUGGCCACACCAGCGCACAGCAGCCCAUUAUCUCUCACGCCGGAUUCAAAGGCGACUCCGCCUACCGCAGAUCCAGUCUCGCCACCGCCGCCGGACCCGUACAGUGAGGAGGCAGAGGAGCCCCCAGCGGCAGCAUCGACACCAGUGCCAGCUGAACACACCGGGCUGUCGGCCUUGAAAAGCAAGGACGGCAACGAGCAGCGGCCGGCGUCAGUGCCGCUGGAUGCAGUUGAGUUUGUGGCCCCGGGCGUGACAAAGCAGACAGCCAUGUCACUGCUGCGGCGCGUGCUUGACAUCGAGGGCCCGGUGAUCCAGCAGAAGAUGGUUGAGUUCCUGCUGAUUGACGGCGUGAUUGCGUCGCUGAUCGGCUUCAUCACCCAUGCGCAGGGCUCGAUCUACUCGCCAUCAUCCAGCACGCAAACCACGCCUGGUGAGAGCCCGCACACGAUGCAGCGCACGCUGUCGUCGGUGGCUAGCGAGCUGCCUAACGCUGUGCUGGAGAAGUUUGAGCACCGCAACCACGGAACCGCUCGGCAGGGCCUGUCUGACACUGACCUGCGGCGCGGAUACAAUGCAGCGCAUAUGCUGGUGAGCCGCGAUCAGUAUGCGCGACGUGUGGUUGAGGCGAAGCUGUCGGUGAUUGUACCGUCGCUGAUGGCCGUGUUCCAUAAGGACUCUCUAGGAUCGUUCCACCAUGCGUGCAUGCUGCUGGAGCACUGUCUGGUGGUGUCGCCGAUGAAGACUGCACGGAUGCUGCUGUUCCACCAGAACCCGCCGUCACGAUGGUGGGCGCACUCGGCUGCGGUGGCCAAGGGCCAGGCGCCGAUCUGCGACCUUCUACCGUACAUGUCGGAGCCGUGCGUCCAGCAGCUGUUCUUGAAGGCCGAGUUUGGCGUGUGGACCGGCCGCCUAAUGACCAGCCUGGGUCUGUCGCCAAACGACGCUGUGGUGGUCACCGACGCGCUGAACCGCGAUGCAGGAUCAGAUAACCCGGCAUCGGCGCAGCAGCGGAGCAAGGCCCUGCAGCUGGUUCGCAACCGGUUCUCGCAGCUGAACCGCGGAGGCUUCAUGGAUCGAAUGGUGGAACUUAUAGAGGACCCUGACGCCCAGGUCUCCGAGAGCGUGUCCGAGUUCCUGGCCUUCAUGAUCAACGACUGCUCCAUGUUCCUCGGCUUCAACAUCUUGUUCAAGCCCAUCUACGAUUCGGAGCGGCCGGUGCGCCGUCUGGCCCAGCUGAUCAUCAAUUCGCCUCCUCAGCGCCUGUCGCCGCAGGCUAAGUCUGCCACACGCUUCCUGCAGGCGCUCCUGAUGAAGACCUCGUGCCAGUAUGGCCUGCGUGUGCGCGAUGCCCAGGGCGUGCAUGAUCCGGAGGUUCACGCGCGUGGAUCGCAGCUGCUACUGCAGGUGGGCCAGGCAGCACGGACUGCACUCGAGUCGUUUUUGCCUGGCCUGUUUGCGACCGUGGUGGGAUUGCAGGCGAGCACUGAUUUGACAACACAGUCAGCAUUUAACCGCCGCAUAUCGGUCGAAUCGCUGCGUCUGCCUGAAUAUGACGAGGCGGAUCCGGAUCUCGACACCGACGAUACUGAAGCUGCUAUGUCAUCGUUAUCGGAUAAUGGCGAGCAUCUCGCAGCUGAGCCUGGCCCUGGGCUGAGGCAAUUCAGUGACGAUGAUCGCAGCAUGCGCGGCAUGCACACGAGCGACGACGAAUCUGAUCUCCGCAACUCGGCUGCUGCGCUGCUGCAUGCAACAUACUCCGAGUCCAUCAGCUCUGGAUCCAUCUCGUCGUCGCUUUCGCCGUCAUCAACAUUGUCUGCUUCGCCAAUGAACAUUGCGAGCGGAACGCCCGAGCGCCCUGUCGACUCGUACAUGGGCGAGCGGCUUGAUGCCGAAGAGCUUGGCCUCCUGGUCGCCCUGCCCAAGCCCGAUAUCCACCGGCUGAGUCUGCUGAAGAUCUGUGUUGAAGUGCUGCGUGAGACUGACGACAUUGACGAGACCGUUGGCUGGGUCGAUUUGCGUGUGUGGCGCGCACUGACGACGUGGUUCCUGAACCACCCGCACAACAAUAUGCUGCACCUAUCGGUCUACCAGCUUGUGUCAACUGUGACCCUCGAAGCCGUACGACUGAGGCAGGCGAGACGCCGGUAUGCUGCUGAUCCGCGUGGAGUCAAGCUGCCAACAGAGGGUCGGAAGCCAGGAUCUGCGGGUGGGUUCGGAAAGGGCCGGUCAUCCGGCAGCACUAAUGGCAGCGGGCCAUCAAACAACGACCAGGCUAACGGUGUGCCAGAGAUUCAGACGCAGUCGGAAGGCAGCAGCGAACUGCGGCUUGCGAGGCGGAGAGCGCGGCGCAGACGGGCGAUGGCUGAGCGCAUUCGGCGCGAGGAGGCGACCAACUGUGACAACAUUCUGACGUACAUGGUCGAGCAGAACCAGUGGAUCGACAAGCUGGUCAGGCGUGCGACAUCGCCCAACUUUGACGGCGCCUACGGGUACAUCUCGCUGAUCUUGAACACGCUGCGCCUGGCUGUGCAGGUCGACCGGCGGAAAUGGGGUUCUGCGGCUGCAUCGGCGAAUCGUACUGUUGAGCGUACGCCGGCUACAACUGUGAGCAAGCAGACGCCGGUGUCUUCAGUCAGCGAGUCAGAGGACCUAUCGUUUGAUGUGUUCAGCGAUGCGCUGCAGGCGCUGAUGGUGGAGGAUGACGACGGGUUCUCUGAUGACGAGGUCCCUGAUGACAGCGAUCUGCUGCCGGAUCUGGCGUACCACGACCCGUCCACUCGCCGCCGGCUGUCAGAAUAUCCUCUGUAUCGCCUGCAGCGGUGGGAAAUUUCACUGCUGUACUCGCCGUCAUUCCGCACCCACCUACGCCGCCUGCGUAAGCAAGCUGUCCGGAUGGUGCGCAAACUUGACAGCUUCAGACUCUGCGACCAGUCCCGCACACCGAUCAUCGACCGUGACAACGGGCAGCGCCCGGUGCCCUACCUGUCGCCGCAGCGGAUCCGGCCGCCCGUGUCUCUGGACAACUCUGAGAUCAAGAAGAAGCAGCUGCAGAUCAACGUUGGUCUGCUGCUCGGCAAUAACCAGAACUCGUCUAGCGUUGCUAGCAAACUGGCGUCUGCAAGUGGCAAAGACAAGGACGAAGAGUGCGAAAAGUGCCCUGCGGUGAAUGACGUGGGCAUUGAUGCUGACUCGCUGUUUGCCCGCAUGCUUGGGUUCACUGAGGAUAUAGUUGAGCUGCCUGCCAAGCAGGCGGAUGAACGCAAGCCGGCAGAUACCGCGGCGGCGGAGGAUGCUGAGAAGGAAGGCACCGAGAGCACGAAGAAGCCCUCGCGCCUGGCGGUGCAUGGCAAGAGCAGCGAGCGACCAGUCCGAAACAGCUCGUCCAAGCGCAAGAAAUCGAAGCCGUCGCUCAGCCCCUCGAUGCGGGUCGCGAAGGUGUCAGAGAUUUUGGAGGACAUGUCGCCUGAUGCAGCGUCGGAGGCAGCCGAAGCCAUCUGCAAUGCACUGGGCACGACCUCUUCGUCAAACGCCGCAUCAGCUGCGAAGCACUCGGCGGCGUCGUCCAGCAGGCUGCGGAAGAAGGCAGCACCCGUGGCGUCGGCGGCCCGACGUCGGCGCUCGCGGCUGCAGCAUCGCUCGUCGAACUCGAGCCUAUCGAGUGCUCAGGCGACAGACAGUGCACUGAAGAAGAUUGAGGCUGCCGGUAUUCUUGGUGAGCUGUCGGUGGAGAUGGACCAGCCGCCAAAGAAAGCGAUUACAGCAGGGCGUAGAUACGGGAAAUAG